UGGAACCAGAUCGACAAGUUUGUUGUUGAGUUGUACCUUUCACGUGUACAAUCAGGAUGUCCUUUGAGUUUCGACACCAAAUAACUAUUCUUCUGUCGUAGAAUCUUCAGCAAUGGAUAAUGACGAGUUAAUAUCUGUUGAAGUACGGAACCCAAGAACCCAUUUGAAGAGAAGAUGGACGUCUUUUACUGAUUACGAAAUAGUCAUUUCUACUAAUAGUAUGGCGUUUGCACUCCAACAGUCAAAAGUACGUAGAAGAUUCUCGGAAUUUGAAUGGCUGCGACGAACACUAGCAAAGAACAGCUCUAUUUCGACCACUCCACCUCCAUUGCCAAACAAAAGGGUUUUGGGCAGAUUUAAUCAAGAUUUUCUGGAAAAAAGACGAGCUGCACUGGAAGAAUUCUUGACGAAAGUCAUAAACACAACAUUUCACCUGUCAGAGCUAGCAGUUCAUCUUUUCCUUCAAAGCAGUUUGACAACAAAAGAAAUUGAACGGGUUCUUGAAGGAAAAGACCAACGAGAUGUAGCAGAGCUUAUUUUACAAGAAAAAAAAUUGAAUGAAAAAUUGACAAGAAAAGGCAGUGAGCAUACAAACACAGACAGCGGCUUCUCUGGCAGUAACAAUCUUGAUUGGCACAUACCGGAUUGCAUACUAAAAUGCCAAGGUAUAGGAAAUGGCUGGAGCUCAGGGUGUACAAAUAUGUUAGGAUCUUCGAGCGGCAAAAGAAAACCUUGUAAAGCCUGUCGAAGAAAAAGCCUUCGUAAUAACGCUGCUUCUGUUCUCCCAACGGGGCAGUUACUCAUCGCAGAAGAUGUACAAGAUUCUGCCAGUAAAAAUGACUCGAAUGGAUCGAUUAGCUCGAGUGAACGUUGCCCCGAAGAGAACUGUACGAAAUGUAACCAAUAUGAUGCUGAUGAUGAAACUGAUGCCAACGUUGUCGAUUACGACAUCAUCAACACUAAAACGUUUCGAUUACGAGACUGGUUGACGAAUGUGACGCCUGCUAAUGAUUGUGAAUUGGAUUCAACGGACGAAGGUGAUUGCAAUUUACCGCCUAGUCUAUCGCGUUCUAUCCCUGAAUAUGACGUCAUAAGCGUGCCUUGUUCGAGCACGAGUAUAAAUAAUACGUCCUUACGGAGGUCGAAUAAUCUAAGUGAUGAUGGGACUUGUGGAUAUGGGUCGAGUAAUGACUCACAAUACAGUGUGGUGCAUUCGACGAUCGAUGGACUCAAACUGGAGAACUAUAAUAAGUUUAUGUGUAGCUCUUCGUCGACGCUAAGUUCGGCAGGGAUUUACAGAACUUAUGACGUAGUUGAAAUGAUCGAAUUAAGAUGAAUUAAACUAUAAUUACUUUCGAAUAGGUAGCCCAAGUUGUGUUUUAGUACGAUAUAGUAUAAGAGUAUAGAAUGUUGUAUCUUCAACAAAAAGAACAUGUUUUUUUCAAUCCAAACAUUUUUUGAAAUUUUGAAAUUUUACUUAUCUGGUUUUGCCUUUUAUUCCAUCCAGGAAGGAGGAAGUGGAUUUUUAUUGCAUUUCAAAAAUCAAAACUUGAAUUGUUAUAUGAGAACCACUACGAGAGAAUAUAUGAAGUAUUGACAUUGUAUUAGACAUGAAGAUGUCAAGAUGAUCGACGCGCAGAAGGCACUCGGCCAAAAUCGUGUCAGAGGCUUCUAAAAACGUUUCUGUAUGAAUUUAAAAUAUGUAUUCUUAACAUAAGUCUAGAAAGACAAUAAACAAAUUUCGUAGCGGAUAAUGACUCGCGGUAAUUAGUUGGUUGGGGUGUUGAAUACAAGUGAAUAAAGAUGAAGACAGUUGACGCUAUGGAAACAUGCUUGCGUCAAACAUGGAA